AGGGGAGAGAAAAGAGGAGCGGCUGCUCUGUGUUCCUUCUAACCCCAUUCUUGCUACGGGCUGGAGGGGGUUUGACUUUGAAAGCGGAAAGAGAAAAGCCCAUCUUUUUAAUUUAUUGCGGUUAUUUUCCGUUUUGCCGUUGAGAUCAGCGCUUCACCCUCCUCCUGUGCACGCGGUGCCCGCACCUCCAUCCUUUCACCCUCCAAGCAGCGAAUCGCUUUUAUUUUUACCUUUUUUUUUCCUCCCCCUCUCGCUUUUUUAUUUAUUCGCUUAUUUAUUUUUUUUCUCCCCUUCCACCCCGUAUAAUCGCUCCAAGGUGGCCGCAGAGCAACGCAAAAAGACCUUUGUUUUAACCAUGCCCAUGGAGCUGACGCAGAGCCGCAUCCAGAAGAUCUGGCUGCCUAAUGACAACCGUCCGGCUCUACCCCGCCGCUCCUGUGGGCCACAGCUUGCCAAUUCCCCCACUGUGAUAGUGAUGGUUGGUCUCCCAGCCCGGGGGAAGACCUACAUCUCCAAGAAGCUGACUCGUUAUCUCAACUGGAUCGGUGUUCCAACGAAAGUUUUCAAUGUGGGGGAAUAUCGCCGUGAGGCAGUGAAGCAUUACAGCUCCUAUGACUUCUUUCGCCCUGACAACGAAGAGGCUAUGAAAGUCAGGAGGCAGUGUGCUCUGGCUGCCCUGAGGGAUGUCAAGCUGUACCUGACGGAGGAGGCUGGCCAGAUUGCGGUUUUUGAUGCCACAAAUACCACACGGGAGAGGAGAGGGAUGAUCCUAAAUUUUGCCAAAGAAAAUGGGUUCAAGGUGUUCUUCAUUGAAUCUGUCUGCAACGAUCCCAAUGUUGUUGCCACCAAUGUCAUGGAAGUAAAACUGUCCAGUCCUGAUUACCGGGACUGUAAUUCUACCGAUGCCAUGGAGGACUUCAUGAAAAGAAUCAAUUGUUACCAAGCCAGUUACCAGCCUCUUGACCCUGAUGACUAUGACCGGGAGCUUUCUCUCAUCAAAGUCAUCGAUGUUGGCCGGCGGUUCCUGGUCAACAGGGUUCAGGAUCACAUCCAAAGCAGGAUUGUUUACUACCUAAUGAACAUCCACGUGCAGCCACGCACCAUCUACCUCUGCCGGCACGGUGAGAGCGAGUAUAACCUCAAGGGGAAGAUUGGAGGUGACUCAGGCCUCUCCAACAGGGGCAAGAAGUUUGCACUGUCACUUAAAAAGUUUGUUGAGGAGCAGAACCUGAAGGAUCUCAAAGUCUGGACCAGCCAGCUAAAGAGAACAAUCCAAACAGCAGAAGCGCUCCAGCUGUCCUAUGAGCAGUGGAAGGCCCUCAAUGAAAUAGAUGCUGGUGUGUGUGAAGAAAUGACUUAUGAAGAAAUCAGGGACCAGUAUCCAGAGGAAUUUGCUUUACGUGAUCAGGAUAAAUAUUACUACCGCUAUCCUUCUGGAGAGUCCUACCAAGACCUGGUGCAGCGCCUGGAACCAGUCAUCAUGGAGCUGGAGAGACAAGAGAAUGUCCUUGUGAUCUGCCACCAGGCUGUCAUGCGUUGUCUCCUUGCUUACUUCCUGGACAAGAGUGCAGAUGAAAUGCCCUACCUGAAAUGUCCUCUUCACACAGUAUUGAAGUUGACCCCAGUGGCUUAUGGCUGCCGUGUGGAGUCCAUCUCCCUGAAUAUUGAAGCUGUUAACACGCACAGGGAGCGGCCAGAGGAAGCAAAGAAGGGACCUAACCCGCUCAUGAGACGUAAUAGCGUUACCCCUCUAGCAAGCCCAGAGCCCAUCAAAAAGCCUCGCAUCAACAGCUUUGAGGAGCAUGUGGCUGUUUCUUCCACCCUGCCAGGCUGUGUUCCUCAGGAAGUGCCCACGCAGAUGCCGGGACAAAACAUGAACAACUCGCAGAAGCCGUCGUGAGUCCCUUAGUGCUGUCGCGAGGCCACCAGCGACACCAGCUCCCAUCCCAUCGUCAUUUCUGAAGCUUGCUUAUAAAACAGGUCUCCUCCGUUUGUGGCGAGGUCGACCCUCGGCUGUUUCUACCCACGCCUGUUCAUCUGCAAACUGCUCUGCUGGAGGGGGGAGAGAGGUGGGAGAGCGAUGGAGAGGAGGGAGACGAGCUCCCAGGUCUUCAGGCUGCAGCAUUACUCUCCUCUCCGGUGUCCUGCUAGUGUGUAGCAAGCUGGGAAGCGCUUGUAGCGCACAGGAGUUUCCAAGUUCUAAUUUUUCCUUCUCUAGGCGGUUUUGAGCUCUUUUUGUAUAGACUAAUGGUACCCAUCCAUCUUUGGGUGGAGUGUGUGUAUAUAUGUGAAUGGUGCGGGGUUAGCAGUAAUGGGGACAAGAAGGGAGGGAGGGAACAGAGGGGGAAUUUGGAUUUUUUUUUUUCCUGUUAUUAUUAUUAUUUUAUAAGUAUUACUAAUUUUUUUUUUUUUUGGAAGAAAGCCCUUAAUGUGCUGUGCUGCAGUCCUGUGCCACCUACAGCCUGCCAUGUGCACAGCCCAGCUCAUUGAAACACAUGAAAACGGCUGGUUUUAGCCAAUAAUAAUAAUAAUACCCUCAUGUUAAUAGAUGCAUCUCGAAGCAGGGGGAGGUUGCAGAGAAUAUCAGUCUGCUGCUGUGAAGCUGGCUAUGAGCUGCUUGUAAUAUCAAGGGGAACCACACUGAUGUUGGCAUCCUGUGGAUGCUCUGUGUUGGAGGAAAGAGGAGAUGGGGCGGUUGGGUCCCCGCAUCACUUCAGGCUGUCAGUGGGCAGCUGCACUGGGUGCAUUUUGCAGACAUGCAGGUGUCCUGGCCAGGAAGCAGGACAGGUAUUGACAAAAAGGUCUUAAGAAGAGCAUUUUUUUUUGUUGCUGUUCUUUUUCUUUAAUAUAUAUAUAUACAUGCACACAGGUGUGUGUGUGUGCAUGUGGGUAUAUGUCUAUACUUAGAAACCGCUUGGUUUUUGCACUUUAUUUGUGGCAGGAGCAUGACUAUAUUUCUUUUGGUUUUGUUUUGUUUUUUAACCUGUGCCUCUUUAACAGGGGAAGCUUGAAUACAGGCAGUGUGUUUUUUAAUUAUUUUUUGUAUGUGCUGGGAAGCUGGGACUGCAUGAAAGUAGUCACUAUUGCUUCCAAGGGGUGCGUGUGUGUGUGCGUGUAUGCAGGGGGCAAUGGACACAGUCCUGGCUUGGGCUCUGUUGGCCAACUCCUGGAGGUUGGAGAUGAGAGCCUUUUAAUACAGGCUGUGAGCCAGCAGUUGACUGUGGCAAUUAACCACUACUGCGUUGUGCAAAACUGUGGUUUUUUUUUUUUCCUCCCCCCAACUCCCUCUUGUGUUCAGCAUCUCCCCAUUCCCAAGCACAGCUGAACUGGAGGUAGGAGGCCAAGUCAUCAGGGUCCUCCACCAACAGCGGAGGGUUGGAGAUGGGCAGCCCUUUGCUUCUAAUCCUUUCUAUGGCCUUCUCCCCUCCUCUGGGGUAGGAAACAACAUCCUUGCAGAUGGGAGUGGAGAGGUUUGUGGGGAGGGUUGUUUUCUUUUCCUGUUGUGAGGUUUUCUUGUGUGUGUUUCUUUUUUUUAAUUACUAUUUUAUUUUGGCUUCUCUGGGGAUGGGGAGGUGGGGAGGGAGGGUUGGUCCCUUUGUCCUAUGAGAAAAGGUGAACCACAGUGCCUAGUGCUUCAGUCCCAUGCAACAAAAACACAUUGCAUAGGCUCGGAGCAGUACCGACAGCAGGGAAGGCUCAGGGACUACACUGGUCUCUAUCCAACCAUCCCAGUGGUGCCCUGUAUGAGCGUGUCCAUAUGUGUAUAUUGUACAGAUGAAACAAAAAACACUUAUUUUUUUUUUUCACCCCUUUUUUUCUUCUUGAAUUUGCGAUAACUGCUUUAACGCAGACUCAUGCGCGUGCGGUUGACAUAUCAACCCUUUUGGUUUCUCUGCCUUUGAGAUGCUGGGGGAAGGUGACUUGGCUGCCUUCUCAGCCUGUUUCCUGGGGAGCUGAUCUGUCUCCUCCUGCUACCCAAAGAUAAGCCGGCACACGCAAACAUGAUGUCUGGCUGCCUGUGAUCAAUCCUGUAAACAAGAUGUUAAGCGUGUAUUUGAGUGCGUGUCUAUGUGUGCAUACGUACAAAUAUAUACAAGUCUGCAAGCAAGAAAUAAACCUAAACCUUAAACUAAUGGAAAUAGAAGUCUUGGUCCUGUAAGAAGAUGAAAUUUGGAAGUUGGUAGGCUUUUAUUUUUAUCUUUUUUUCUCCCCCCUUCUUCAGGAGGGGAAGUUGGCCCAUGAGUAGCCAAGUGAUCCUCAUGCUGGGAGUGGGUGGCAGGAUGUCAUCUCCACCCCAUCCCAUCAUGCUUCCCAUUGUGUUUUGGCUGUACAACCAAAGCCCAGGCAAUGAUGCCACAGCUGCAAAGGGAGUGAAGGUGCAAAAUGGAUUUGUUGAACCACACCAGACAUUUUAUUUUUUCCCCCUCCCUUUUCCUUUAUUUUUUCCUGUAUUUUUUUUUUUUUUGUGAUACUUGAAUUUAUUUUUAUGAUUUUUUUUUUUUUAAUAGCAAAGCGCUGUUUAUUUAUUUAAUGUAUACUGCAAAGCUUGGAGAGAGAAGAAGGGUAGUUAUACUUGGGAUUUGUUUUUGUUAUCUCUGCUGUUAACUGUUCUGUAUAUACAUCUGGAAUAAUUGCCUGAUAUCGAGCUGUGCCAGCUUAAACAGGGUCUGCCUUUCAGAAAUUUGUAUAUUUUGCAGUUGCUGGACCAAUAAAAUAACUUGUUGAAAUACA